AAUGCGUCUACACUAAACACUUGUGCCUGGAUGGAAGGCAGAUACACUUGGAAAUUUAUGACCCUUGUUCACAGCGGGGGAAGCUCUCCCUCGCAGAUGAGCUCCACUGGGCUGAUGGAUUUAUCAUUGUUUACGACAUCAGUGACAGAGCGUCAUUUGCAUUUGCAAAAGCAUUGCUGUACAGGAUCCGAGAGUCUCACAUAGGAGCUUGUAAAAAAAUGGUCGAGUCAUCAGUAUUUUUGGUUGGUAAUAAACAGGAUUUAUGCCACAUCAGAGAAGUUGGCUGGGAUGAAGGACAGAAGCUGGCAAUAGAUAACAAGUGCCAAUUCUGUGAACUGUCUGCAGCAGAACAUUAUCAGGAAGUUGUGGCAAUGUUCACGAAAGUCCUGAGGAAUAUCACCUCAAAUUUCAAAGCGAAGGAAAAGAGACGACCAAGUGGAUCAAAGUCAAUGGCCAAGUUAAUCAACAACAUGUUUGGAAAGAGAAGGAAAUCUGUGUAA